AUGUUUUCCCAAAUUUCUAGAAGAGCGUUUGUUCCCUUUGUUCAGACAUCUUCUCAAUUGAGCAGAAGAGCAAUGGCUACCACAAUCCGCGAACCAUCACUAACAAAGAAGUAUGGAGGAGUUUUUACAGUGACGUUAAUUCCUGGUGACGGUAUUGGUAAGGAGAUCACGGACUCUGUCAAGACCAUAUUUAAGGCGGAGAAUGUUCCUGUUGCAUUUGAGACUAUCGAGAUGUCUGGCUUGAGCGCCAAAGACAGCACCAACACUCAACAGCAGAUCGAUGAGGCCGUUCGUUCUUUGAAGAGAAACAAAGUUGGUUUAAAAGGUAUUACGUACACUCCUACGGAUCAGUUCCACAAGUCGUUGAACGUUGCCCUUAGAAAAGAGCUGGAUAUUUACGCGUCCUUGGUUCUCAUCAAGAACAUUCCAGGUGUUCCAAGUAAGAUGCAUGAUGUGGACUUUGUUCUGGUGAGAGAAAAUACCGAAGGCGAAUACUCUGGUUUGGAACAUCAGUCUGUUCCGGGUGUUGUUGAGUCAUUGAAGAUCAUGACCCAGUACAAGACGGAAAGAAUUGCACGGUUUGCCUUUGAUUUUGCAAAGAGAAACAACCGUAAGAUGGUUACCGCUAUUCACAAGGCCAACAUUAUGAAACUGGGUGAUGGCCUAUUUAGAAGAAUCGUUAAAGAGGUGGGUGCUGCUGAGUACCCGGACAUUAAGGUCAACGAUCUGAUUGUUGACAAUGCUUCUAUGCAGGCAGUGUCGCGUCCUCAGCAGUUUGACGUUAUGGUGACUCCAAACAUGUACGGUGCUAUUUUGUCUAAUAUUGGUGCUGCCUUAAUAGGUGGUCCCGGCUUGGUUCCCGGCGCUAACUUUGGUCGCGACUAUGCUGUGUUUGAACCUGGUUGCAGACAUGUCGGAUUGGAUAUCAAGGGUAAGAACGAGGCGAACCCAACUGCCAUGAUUCUCUCUGCAACCAUGAUGCUUAGACAUCUUGGCUUGGCUAAGGAAGCUGACAGAAUUAGUAAGGCUACCCAUUCUGUCUUGUCUAGAGGAAAGACUACCACAAGAGAUAUCGGUGGCUCUGCUUCCACCACCGAAUUUACCAAGGCUAUUAUUGAUAAAUUGAGUACUAUGUAA